AUGUCUCAGGAGACAUGGAACCAAAAUCAAAUGUCUCGGCAUUUUCAGGAAAAACAAGCAAUGCGUCAACGAGGAGCAGUUAAACAUAAAAUCCAAAGUAUUCCAUUUGAGAUUCUUCCGGUUUCUUUGCGUUCUCCUAAGUUAUCCCAUGUCGAUACAGGGAGAAAUGAAAAUAAGCCAUCAUCAUUAAUAAAGCACUCAGGGAAAAAGAAUGAUCAUAUAGCAUCACGUCUUUAUGGACCAUUGGCAUUGUCUCCGUCUGUUUCUGCAUUGCGUACUUUGAACGAGUCUCGUCAUAAGAAAAUGAAUCAACAUGGUGAAAGAAUACAUGAAGCUAGUCCUUUGAAAUCUAAACAUGUAUUUCAUAAGUCUUCUGUCUCUUCGUUUGCUCGGAGAACAGGAAGUCCUGCUUCAAAACCUCCUCCAAGAAUAUCAGUAGGGUUAACACCUUUAAAAGAACAAUUUUUAAAUAAUAAUGUUGUGAAUGGAUUUGUAAAGCAACCGGUUAAAAAUAUUACUCCACAUUCAAAUGUUAAGCGUUUGGAAAAGUCUUUAACAGAGAAUGUACAUGGUGAAAAAAUAGUGAAACGUCAAAAAAUAUAUGAAUCACCAGUGAGAGAUUAUCAGAGCCAGCAAGAUAGUGAUAAAGAAGAAUAUAGUGAUACAGACGAUGACGAUCAUGAUUAUGGUUAUGAUGAAACAAAAACAAAAGUUCCGAUUACAGUGCAUAAGUUUUCUGAACGGGGUUCUGGCUCUAUUAAUGAAAUAGAUGUUGUAUCCCAAGUAGUUUUAGGACUGCUAAAACAUUUGCGUAAAAAAACAGAGUCUGCAUAUGCUAAGAAAGUUAUACAUGCAUUCGAAGAAGAAGUUGCUGUUAAGUUUUUGGAGAUGACUGAUAUACUUGACAAUUAUCUUAUUCUUGAUCGUGCUGUUAGAAAAUCUGCUAGAAACAUUGCUCAUUUGCGUAAUGAGCUUUAUACGAUAAGAAAAGUGCGAAAUGAUACUGCUGUAAAAAUGCGUCAUCUUAGACAAUGUCAUAAUGAUGCUAAUAACGAGAACCAGGCAUUGAAAAGUAUUCAGAAUUUUCUUGAAGAUAUAGAGAUUUUGCAUAACAAAAUAUCUCUAAAUACUAAAUAUACAGAAAAGACUGGAGUUGUUUCUUUAUUACAAACUGUAACACCAUUUAUGACAGAAUCAUGGGGUAUAUUAGAUCGUUUAACUACGUUUAAUACUUUUUUAAAAAAGAUUGAUGAAGCGUUAAGUUAA